AUGCCAUUCCCUUGGUACGGCGGCAGCUGGGAAGCUUCUCAAGUGGUCAACCAUAUGACCCUGCGACUGGGAAAGGCGCAUCAAUUCUUGGUUGGUGUUUACACAAGAGUGUCGUUAGACAUUAGUCUCACGGUCAACCCAGGGGGCACAGAUCCACAGCUCGACGUCGCAAACCCGGAUGGUCUCGGGCAACAGUCGACAGAUGCUGGUACGGUGCCGAAUCUCAAGUGGCCCUUCUCUCUGUCGAAAACCAAAAUAUUUCCGGGCGGAUGGACCAGGACUCAGGACGUCAACGACUUGCCCCAGAGUAAGGAUAUAGCCGCCGCACAGCAGCACCUGAGAAGGGGCGCCCUCCGGGAGCUCCAUUGGCAUAAAGUGGCCGAAUGGGGUUUCGUCUACUCGGGCUCCGUCCUGAUCUCGGCGGUUGAUGCUGAUGGAAACUACCAGCUCCAGCAAUUGGGUUUUGGUGAUAUCUGGUACUUCCCCAAGGGUGUCGCCCAUACUAUUCAGGGUCUCGAGGACGACAACGAGUAUCUUCUGACAUUCGAUGAUGGUGACUUUAACGCGGUGGGCGUGACAUUCAUGGUUGACGACUGGCUCGCUCAUACACCCAAGUCGGUAAUUGCGAAAAAUUUCGGGCUGAACGAAACCGUCUUCAAGAAUCUUCCAACGACAGAUCCAUACAUCUUGAACGGCACAAUAACAAACUCGUCAGUCUCGGGAAUUAACCCCCAGCUCUCCGGCAACUCCUCCUUUGUCUACCGGACCUUGCAGCAUCCAUCUGAGUCCGUCCCGGGCAAUGGUGGCACUUUCUAUAAAAUUGACUCGACCAACUUCCCGAUCUCGAAAACAAUCGCUGCGACGUACGUAACGUUGAAGCCUGGAGGCCUGCGAGAGCUGCACUGGCAUCCGAAUGCAGAAGAAUGGCUAUACUUCCACCAAGGACAAGGCAGAGCAACGGUCUUCAUUGGCAAUGCUAAUGCUCGGACCUUUGAUUUUGGCCCCGGCGACACGGCGGUAUUUCCGGACAACAGCGGCCACUAUAUCGAAAACACCUCACCGACUGACGAUCUCGUCUGGAUCGAGAUCUACAAGAGUGACAGAGUUCAAGAUAUAUCGCUGACUCAAUGGCUCGCGUUGACGCCUGCGGAUAUCGUGGCCAACACCUUGAAGAUCGACCUAUCGGUAGCUCAGGGACUGAAGAAGGAGAAGCAAUUGCUGAUCGCUGCCAAUACUACCUCCGGCUAG